UUUAAAAUGCCAAGCAGAAUGAAAGAGGUAUGAGACAAUCGGAGAUGCCCUUUAAUGUCUAAUGACUUAAGUUUUUUAAAAUAAAUCACCAGUAGUCUUCAAAAAAUCAACCCAAAUUUGUUUUUUUUUCCCUAGAUAACAGUUGGAAGUUAGAUUUUCUGCAGCAUUUUCCAUUUGACACUUUUUUGAUUAGCUGAUGUGGCUACAUGCUGUCCUAUAUACGUCGUUCAUAAAAGACAAAUUUAUUAUGAUUCUGAACACUGCAUAAUGUGCUGAGAAAUGUUGCAAAGUUCAGAUGUCCUAUAUCACAACAGGAACGCCUGUAUUUCUGCACUGACUCAGGGUUCCAGGUCUCUCCUUUUACCGGUCUGUCUUCUGGGAAUACACACCACGUCACCCACAGGACAGUUAUGGACCCAAGCUGUCAAAUGAUGUUCCUGACAAUGUUGAAUUUAACACAUUGAUUAGGAAGCAUUCCACAAAAAUAGCUCUCCUGUUUCUGGUUAGUUAAGAUAGCAGAAGUCCUGGUGUAGUUAUUUUCUGGAAACAAAUUAUGUUGAAAGGAAUCUACAUUUAACUAAAACCAAGAUUGUAAAUACAGGAUGCUUACCGCUUACUCAUGACGCAUAACAACAGCAUGGGACUAGAUAGUACUAACAGUACGAGAUAAGUUCAAGACUUUAACUUAUGAAUAAAUGGACUUAUUAAUUCACAGUUUUUACCUGCUAUGAUGUACAAAUAUAAAAACAAAAGCAUAGGAGAUUUGGAUGCUUUGGAAGCCCGAAGCAUGAUGGCUGGACCGCUGUGAAAUGUGAGAGUAAAAACACUGUAGUACAGUACACGACCAUCUAAAAGCCACAACAGAGUCACAAUAACCAGCAUGAAGUCAGGUGACACUGAUGUCAUUUUUGGGCAUACAAUUCACACAGUGCCGCAGACCACAAGAGCAAACUGAGGAAAGUAAAAAAAGAAAAAAAAAGAGGUGAACAUGAUUUGUUUCUUGCUGGUGAGGUCAGAAACACGCAGAGAAAUGUUUAAGAGGCCAAGGCUUUCCCAGAAUUCCCUGUAUUGCCCUAGUCCACUUAGCUAGUUGCAAAAUGAAUGUGGCCUGCUGAACACAGUCAAGAGGCUGUAUUUCCAGAGCGCACUGCAAAAGACAAUGUUUUGUUCAACAGAAAACAGGCUCAUAUUCUGUUGUUAAAAGAAAUAAUAUUUUAAAAAUGUCAAGAAUUUGGGAAUGCAGACACAUGGAUGAAAUUUCAAUUUUGUGGAGGUUUUGCCAAUGAAAAUGAAGGGAGACUGAUGAGAUUUCCUGUUGUAUUGGAUGUCCGGAAUGUGUCGACUCCCCCCUUGUUUUCGUUGGAGCAUGCAAGUCUUGUAGCUAAUUAAUUUUCUCAUUCCUCGAAUGCCGCCGAACAGGAAUCGCUGGCCAGGUGUCCAUAGAUGCCAAUGGAGACAGAAGCGGAGAUUUCUCUGUGAUGGCCAUGACAGACCAUGAGGCAGGCACCUUUGAGGUGGUUAUGAACUACUUUGGUAUCAACGGCAGUAUUCAGGUGCUGCCAGGGUUCAGCAGAGAACGCUUCACCUUGAAGGACAGACACCGAAACCCUUUCCCGGAGCACCCCAACAAAUCAUCAGGUGGACUAGGGGUAUCUGCAGUGACAGGGAUCAUUGUUGGAGCACUUCUGGGCACAGCAAUGCUAAUAUCAUUUUACUUUUUCAGAAAGAAUUACAGGAUAACUAUUGAGCGGCGGACCCAGCGUGAGGACUGCAACAUUGGGAAGCACCGUCAAUUGCGAGAAGACUCCAUCAGGUCCAACUUCUCUGCGGCAUAGAGCUCCCCGCGCUGCAGGGGGCCCCCCUGCCAGGGACCUGCCACGGAAUGUGACCAAAGACUCUCCAAGCCGGUCGAAGGGACUCCUCUUAUUUAAAAACAUACUGUAGUGUUGUUAUUAUUUUUUUUUUUAACCUCUAUUCGUUUGACUUUCAUAAACUCAGGAAAGUUGUACCAUUUGCGUGGUGCUGCUUUGCAAGGCAUUACGCUUGUUUAGAGAACAAGAGGAGGAUGCAUUCGAAUUCUGUAGGGGCUUUAUUUCUCCAUGAUCAGAAGGCCAGUAUCUACAUUAAGGUCAGGAGUGGGCUAAUGCUAAUUACAAAGAAACACACACACACAAUGUCUGGAAAAGGCAUCAACCCUCUCAGAGUAACAUUGCUAAAUAAAUGUAUUUCACACCUAUUGGGUUAAAGUGAAUAACUGGAACAUCCCUCAUUCUACCAAAGGCUUAUUUUAUCCAGGUCAUUCGCACACUUUUAUAAAUACUAGAACGUCUACAUGGUGGAGGAAUUUUGACAAAGGAAUGUACGUCUUUCUGUGAGUCAUGGUGGAAUUUUAACACAGCAGUGAAGUGCUGUACACAGCAUUCUGGCAUGCGGCCCAUGUGUGUAUCCACUGUCUGCAUGCCGUUAUGCCGCAGCGAAGGCAUCCUGUACUGAUAAUUGGAGUCUCGGGGCAAAUGGUGUAAUUGUGAUUGUAAUUCCUAAAUUACCUAGAAAUGCAAGAACUGAAUAGGAGCUGGGCGUCCCAAGAUUGGGUUGUGUAAUUAGUAUUUGAAGGGAAAUGGCACAUAAUUUAAGCAUGUCAGAGUUAAAAUAUAGUUUUAUUUAUCUCAGGCAUGCUUUUUAAAUCUUCAAACAAGAUUUGAAUUUUUUUUCCAGAUAAAAUGCUCAAUAAAAUGACUGUUGUGGCCCUAAUACAUUUUUAGUGGAAACCUUAUUUUUCACCUGGUUUUUGUAUUAAAAGAGAAGAAUAGUUGAAUAUUUUGUAUGUUGAAACUUAUUUUCUUGUCCUACAUAGCAUCUGGUAAAGCUUUUCUUUUAAAAAAAAAAAAAAAUCAAAAUUCACCUUGUUCUUCAUUGGAAGUUUGGAGUUGCUCACCAAACAAGGAAACGAUUUAUGAAAUCAUGAACGGUUUAUGAAAUCAAAAUCCAGUAUUUAUAUUAUUUGAAGUAAAUGCGUGACAAACUGUAUGAUACAUACUAGUAUGUUGUACCUCCAGCUUUUUCUUCUCGUUUGUCUUAAAAAGCAGUAAAAUGUCAAUUAGAUGUAAUCAUUUAAUGCAGAAGGCGAUGACUUAUGGAAGUUGCGUGUUAAAUAUUGUCUCUUUGCUAUCUUUCUUCAAGUUGAGUUAGCACGGUCUUUUUCAUUUCCGUUUCAUAGUCAUGGCAGAGUACGUGGCUUAUUUGACGGCGGCUAGAAAGUCUGGAAACGGAACUGAAGCUUUAUAGAGACUUUAUGACCAUUAAAGAUAUAACAUUAAAGAGCGACAGCUGCUCACACCAGAGCGGUGAGUUUGUAAGGCACGGCGCUCAUGACGCUAACUUUGAUGUCUCCACUUAGUGGGACACCAGUGAAUUCCUCUCCUCGCUCAUUGAGUUCCAAGAUCCGGUGUUUUUGGCCCUCAUCGUACAAGGCGUGAAAUGAAAGGGUGCGCGCGUCCCUCCUCUGGCAGGAGAAUAGACGGAAACACAGCCAGUCGUUUCGAGAGGAGACGUAUAUCGGAUGAUAUUGAUGUAACAAUAACGCCCAUUAUUUCAGCUUCCUGACUGUUUCCACUUUCCCCACAGAGUCAAUUUUGACCGUCUACAAAGGGACAUUUUUUGUUAUAUGCCAGAGCAAAUUAGGAGGGCUAGAUUUUUGGCUGAUUUAUUUUAUGUUUCAGAAGACUUUCUUUUUUUAUGGGGGGGGGGUGUAGUGUCAGUUGGAAAAAUAAUAACAUGAAAAAUUUUACCUGCCAAAAAUGAGCUGGCAAGAUUGAAGUUGGGCUGAACACAGAGAAGCAGUCAUUGCAUGUCUUACAUAAGGUAAAUACAUUUUCCGAAGCUUUUUAAUAUGGAAUAUCCUAGCAUUUCGGUAUCCAGAGCCUAGACUUUCAAAUGACACAACGUUGAGUGAAAUUUCAGUAACAUUAUCAUUCUAAAUCUGUUUAGUGAAAGCCUGGCUCUUUAUAAACAAAACAGGCAUUUAUCCCAGUGCGGGCCUGAUUCUUCUGAGAAUUAACAUGAUUUAAUCUGACAUGGUUAAGGUCACCCUUUAGAACUCACUUCAGUUUUGUAGUGUUACUAAGUACUUGGAACAAAUUGUCUUUCUUCUGCGAUUCAUCUGUUCUUUAUCCAAAAAACACAGUCUUAUUUUCAAAUGAAAAUCUGGAAUCACACAGAAGGAUUUAAUGUGCACAUUUUCCUUUUCAAUUUCACCUGUUCCUGUUUAUUUUGUCCUUUGUCUGUGUAAGUACCGUAAUUCAGCACUUUAUUCUUAAACAGGGAAAUGUGUAAUGCCUGUCAUUUGGAGUGCAGUUAUUUCCGUUUUUCUAUCCAUACUGUUGUUGCUAUUUGCAUUUUCAAUAUUUUCAGAGCGCUAAAAAAAUAUUGGUUAUUUCUUGCAAGCAUUUUCUGGUAAUCUCUGCAACCCUGAACAGGUUAAGUGGUUAGAAUGUGGAUGGAUAUAUUAAUUUUACGAUACUGACACACAGCACAGGUUGUUAACCUACACAUUCUAGCUCCAAAAUGUUAAAAAUGAAAAGCAGGAACCAUGAAAGAGAGCUAUAUAGUGCCUAAAAUUUAAAAAUGUAUUUUGUCAGAAAAUAUUUAAUGAAAUAUAUUAGCAUAUUAACAUCUGAAAAUAUGUAACAGUUAACAAUAUAAAUUAAUGUGUGUUAAGUUAUGAAGUAUAUAGUGAAUUUGCAUUACAUUUAUACAGAAGUAUAUUUCAGUCUUGCCUUCGCAAUAGUAACAAAUACUGUCUUUGUUUUAAUUAGCUAGUCUUAGUGUCAUAAAUGUCUCACUUCUACAAAUUGCCCACAAACCAAAAUAUUUUACUUUUCCAUGUGGGGUUCCAUAAAACUACAUUACCCAGACCCCCUCAGAAAAAAAUCUAUAGAUGAGAUAUAACACUCAUGUCAUUAAUCUGUUAAUACAACUUGGGCACUGUUGCUGGACAGUGGAUUAAACAUUCGCAGUGACAGCAUUUGGUGUCUUAAUACAUGUUGUUUGAGUGCUAGACAUGUGUUGAAACGAGGAUGGACAGGAUGUCGCUGGAACCGAGAGGAUAUGCUUGUGUCUGAGCUUGGGCUCUCCCCCCGUUGUGUUCUUGAGAGAUUGGCCACUCCCCUCUGUAGAUAUUUACUUUCUGUAUAGAUUCACACAGACACUUUACUUUAACCAAUCGGGUUAAAGCGUAUGCUUUUAAACCAUAUUCAUAAUAAGAUGAAAACUGAAUGGGGUGUGUGUAUGUGUGUGUGUGUCUCUGAUUAGAAUCCUGUUAACUUUAACUUCCGUUUCUUAUGUAUGAGUGUGUUACACUGCCAUAAACUAAGCAGAAGACAUUAAAUGUUAUUGAGAACCUUUGUUUCGGCAUUCAGUAAAUAACUCCUUCCAGGUAUUUUUGCUGUGCUAAAUAAGCUUAGUGGUGUUUUAUAAGCUUUCGAAAGUGGGGCUUUGAAAAAUCAGUAUGUGUUUUUUUUUUCAGAACCCAAGGCUCACGAGAUUCAUAAACACAUGAAUGUUGGCACUCUGAAUUAUUCUGAAUGUACAUCCUGUACAUUAACUUUGUUCGCAUACCUCUAAAAAAUGUGAAACAUCACGUGUUUAAAACAAAUUCAGACUGUAUAAUAUGUAUACAUUGAAAUAUUUGGGGGUGUCUUUCAAGCUGUGGGUCAGGGCUUCAGAUAUGUGUUGAUUUAAAACAAAAGAAGCAGUCAUUCCUUAAUGUUAAGGAAAAGGUGUUGGCAGAGGUAUGAAGAGGAUUCACAUACUGCUCAACCUAACGGUGAAAUGUUUUGAUGUAAGUAAAAAUAUCUGCAUAUAAUGUGAUAUUUAUUGAAGCCUUAUUUUGUAGAAAUUUUAUAUUCCUGCCUGUAGAUUUAACCCUUUGGUUCGCUCUUGUAUAUAUUUUACUCUGUUUUGAGAAGUUAUUUCUAAAUAUUUGCCUUUUCAGCCAUCUGACACGUCUACAUUGCUCUGUAAACAUUCCUUGUAGAAAUAUUUAGCUAUUUCAAUCACCAACGUAUAUUGACGAAUAAAAAUGUAAAAUUUGACCUUU